AUGUGGUUUAGAAAGUCCGAGUCCACGGACGAGAAAUUGCCCGAAGAGCUGCAGAAGUAUGUUGAUUCGAAGGAGUCGCGCAUAAGCGACCGGCAGCUCAAGCAGCUUCUGGCGAAACAGACGGACGGUCGAGAAAUCGGCCAUCAGUCAAAAGACCAAACCGACCCCAGGUCUGAUCGUCUCCAGCAGUCGAUCAAGGACGCGUACCGCGUGGAGAUGUACAAGCGCGAGUUUCCCGUUUCGGAGGCGAUUUCGAUCAACUGUGCCGAGCUUUUUGACAAGUUCCUCCAAUGCGACAGAGCACGCAACGUGUGGAGCUCCGAGUGCGCUCCUCUGUGGAAGAUGGUGCGGGAGUGCCAGCGGAUACAGAAAGAGGCAUUUGUGACGUUUGACUACGAGUACAUGACCAGAAUAGAGGAGAUGGACGCUAUCCGACAGACGUGCGACCGGCUAUUCACCAAGCAUUUUAGGACCCCGGAGGACACAGAGAGCCACGAGAAAAAUUACCAGUACUCGCUGGACCUCAAGCACGAGCGCGAGCGGUUCUACGAGCGGUUUGGCAAAUAG